AUGACAUCUCGGCCAACUACUGCUCGUCCAAAAACUUCCGCUGGUACACGAGCUACUUCAGCUAGGCUUCGUAAACCACCGUUAUCAUCUAUACAUGUUAACAACCAAUAUGAAGUUACGGAACGGCCAAUUAGUCGUGCGGCAAUGGUAUCGGAAUCAGUCGCGCAAAUUACAGCAACCCGAACGAUGAGUCGAAUUGGAUCUAAUCCACAAACACGGAUGAAUUCAGCUUCGAGUAACGAAAGAGUUCGAAAUCGAAUAGGCAUAGGUCAAAGUGCAAGAUUAGUAUCAGGUACUAUUCAAACAGCACCACGCGGUACUGCAAUGAGACCUGUAACACAACAAGGAUUAACUGGUGUCAGGGCACCAACCAGAAUUGGAGCUGGACGUUUCAUAGUCGAUAAAAGCUAUUACAUGUCAUUACUUCGAACACAAAUGAACAAUUUGAUGAGCGAAACUGAUAAACUACGUGGUGAAUUGAAUAAAGGUGAACGUGAUCGACAGAAUUUACUAAUUUAUGAAAAGAAGGCAGAAGAAGAAGCGAAUAUAAUAAGAACAUUGCAAGGACGUUUGUUGGAUUGUAAUAAGGUAGUAGAUUUGAUCAAUACAAAUUCGGAAUUACAUGAAGUUGAAGAUGAAUUAGCGGAAUUAUAUGAACAUCGUAGUGAUGCAGAAAGAAGCUUAGCGGAGUUAGUUGAAGAUCGACAUAUGAAAGAUGAAGAUAUAUGCAAGGUUGAAAAUGAAAUCGAAGAACAGAAAGCUCGAAAUAAUGCUAAAUUUCAUUCGAUGAAUCCAACAAUUUAUGAUGCAUAUGAGAAGCUAAAGAUGGAAAAUGAAAAAUUAUUAGAAGAAUAUCGGAUCAAACAGGAAAUACUAAACGAAUUGAAUGAAAAGAAGAAAGAAUUUGAUGAACAUUUGGCGAAAUUUCCCCUCAAACAGCAAGCCACCGUAUUUUAUGAACGUUUGGCAGAAUUAGAAGAGAAAAAGAAUAAUAUAAUUAAUGAAAUAAAUGCGGAAGGUACACCAAAUGAACAAAGGGAACAUUUACUACAAGCUGUUAUUCGUACAACUGAUGAAAUUAAUGUAAUGCAAAAACAAUUGGAUGAUGUAAAUGAGCAAAUUGAGCAAUUAUCAGAAGAAUUACGAGAAUUUGAUAUUGAAAUGGAGAAUGUCGCAGGCAAAAAGAACGAGAAAUAUCGGGAGCUUAAACUAAAAGAAAUGCAAAUAGAUGAAUUUUUGAAUUCGUACGACAGUUUGAAAACGAACGAAGAAUCACAAAUUGAUCAGAUAUCUGCUGAAGUGGUCCGUAUAUUAGAAUUACUUUCAACAAAUAUUACAAACUUGUAUUUAAUUUCCCAAAACACUAACCCAGAUUUUACUGAAUUGAAGAACGAUGAAAAUAUUCCUGCAUCAGCAUUAAAAGAAUUAUAUGUUAGUUUGCAAGAAGAAUUAUUUGGAAUGGAUAAGUUGGAAAAACAUCUUAAAACGGACAACAAUCAAAUUAAUGAAAGAAUAAAAGAAAUGGAUGAAAAGAUGGAAAAUUUUGAAAAUAUCGAAGAUUUGAAAAUUCGUAAAAAGCAAAAGCAUCAAGAAUUAGAAAGUCGACGUGAAAUUUUAACCGAAGAAUUAUCGAAAGCUAACAAUUUAUAUCAGAAGUUGAUGGAUGAAUUAGAACAAACAAAAUAUAAACUCGAAAAGAAAGAUGAAUAUAUCAAAUUGAAAAAUGUAGAAAAGAAAUGGCAAUCUGUGGAAAAAACUUUAAAUGCUUUACGUGAAGCAGCAGCGCAGCGAGAAAUGGAAACAAAUUAUAAAGUUUUUAAGGAGGAGGCAUUACAGCUUAAAGCAGAAUACAAUGAAACACUGAUCGCAUCUAUGAGACUUUGA